GCGGCGGCCAAUGGGCGAGCGCGGGGCAGGUGCCCGCUAACUGGCGCCUCGCAGCGCUGGGCUGCUGGGGCCGGGCAGGGCAGUGCGGGGACACCGGGGGCUGGGGUCGGUCCCAGCGGGACUCCGAAAGGAGGGAGCCGGGCUCAGCCCUCGGGCCUUACCGGCAGCUCGCAGCCUCGCACGGAGCCCGCGCCUGUGCGGGCGCCUGGAGCUGCCCGCUCCGCCGCAGCUGCCGCCGCGCCUGGCUGUACGCUGUGGCCGGACCCCGCGCUCGCUCGCUCACACACCCCUCGCCGCUCCGCGCAUCGCUCGCCCGCGGGGGCCGAGCGCAAGCGGGCGGGCGUGGGAGGUGAGGGGUGCGGGCGGGUGUGCAUGUGCCUGGCUGGGUGCACACCCCGCACGGCGGCGGCGCCAGGACGCGGAGCGCUCCCCAGAGCCCGGCUGCCUCGCACAGCUCCCGCGGCUGCGACCAUGUUCCAGCCCGCGGCCAAGCGCGGCUUUACCAUAGAGUCCUUGGUGGCCAAGGACGGCGGCACCGGCGGGGGCACUGGCGGCGGGGGCGCGGGCUCCCAUCUCCUGGCGGCGGCCGCCUCUGAGGAACCGCUCCGGCCCACGGCGCUCAACUACCCUCACCCCAGCGCGGCCGAGGCGGCCUUCGUGAGUGGCUUCCCUGCCGCGGCCGCCGCGGGCGCGGGCCGCUCGCUCUACGGUGGGCCAGAGCUCGUGUUCCCCGAGGCCAUGAACCACCCCGCGCUGACCGUGCAUCCGGCGCACCAGCUGGGCGCCUCCCCGCUGCAGCCCCCGCACUCCUUCUUCGGCGCCCAGCACCGGGACCCUCUCCAUUUCUACCCCUGGGUCCUGCGGAACCGCUUCUUCGGCCACCGCUUCCAGGCCAGCGACGUGCCCCAGGACGGGCUGCUUCUGCACGGCCCCUUCGCACGCAAGCCCAAGCGGAUCCGUACGGCCUUCUCGCCCUCGCAGCUGCUGCGGCUGGAGCGCGCCUUCGAGAAGAACCACUACGUGGUGGGCGCCGAGCGGAAGCAGCUGGCCGGCAGUCUCAGCCUUUCCGAGACGCAGGUGAAGGUGUGGUUCCAGAACCGGAGGACAAAGUACAAACGGCAGAAGCUGGAGGAGGAAGGGCCUGAGUCCGAGCAGAAGAAGAAGGGCUCCCAUCACAUCAACCGGUGGCGCAUCGCCACGAAGCAGGCCAAUGGGGAGGACAUCGAUGUCACCUCCAAUGACUAGGGUGGGCAACCACAAACCCACGAGGGCAGAGUGCUGCUUGCUGCUGGCCAGGCCCCUGCGUGGGCCCAAGCUGGACUCUGGCCACUCCCUGGCCAGGCUUCGGGGAGGCCUGGAGUCAUGGCCCCACAGGGCUUGAAGUCCGGGGCUGCCAUUGACAGAGGGACAAGCAAUGGGCUGGCUGAGGCCUGGGACCACUUGGCCUUCUCCUCGGAGAGCCUGCCUGCCUGGGCGGGCCCGCCCGCCACCGCAGCCUCCCAGUUGCUCUCCGUGUCUCCAAUCUGCGUUUCUGUUUUAAUUUAUUUUCCAGGCACCACUGUAGUUUAGUGAUCCCCAGUGUCUCCCUUCCCUAUGGGAAUAAUAAAAGUCUCUCUCUUAAUGA